UGCGAUACCUUGAAACGUUUCAUUCAUUCGUUCAGAUUUGGUUUGGAUUGUUAAUUUAAAUUGUUAAAAUGCAGGCUAGGUCGCCAUUAGAGAUGUUGCCUAGACCGCAACACAUCAGAGAAGAUGGCUCCUCUUCAAACUCUGUGCUCUUUGCUUACUGCUACAUUUGCCAACGAGUGACGAGUGAGCCGCUUGUGAAGAACCCAACCAAUCACCGCAAAGUUCUCGGAUUCAUAUCCGAACGAGCUGCAUUUGGUGAUCCCAUUUAUUUGAAAAUUGAAGAAAAGCUGCAGGGUUUGAAUGCUAAAACACUUGCAUCAUGUAGUGCUUCGUUCCAUGGUAGCUGUUACCGCAAAACCAUCCAUGCAGGUAACUACAAGAAAAUAAAAGAGCAGUACUACAAGAUUAAUCCCAGGAAACGUCCUGCUCCCGUCAAGAAACAACCUGCCAAAGUCAAAGAGUCUUCUUUCUGUUUGUUUUGCCACAGAAAGCACAACUCGAAGAAGAAUGCUUUGAUUGUUGGAAAGCUGGCAUCCAAAGAUUUUGGUUGUUUGCAAUCUUUUGUUAAGACCCAAGCAGUCUCUCUUGAAGUUCGCAAAUUAUUCUUGAUCUGCUCGAAUGCAAUGAAACCUGUGCAAGUGGUAAGCCACGAAGUAUGCUGGAAAAAGUUUAUAGUGAGGCAUGUUGGAAACUUGCAUCUAAAGCCUUUGACUCCAGAAGACAUUGCCAAUGAUGAAUUUUUGUUCUAUAUCAAAGAAAAACUUACUCUGUCAGAAAGCAUCUCUCUCCCGGUCUUACAUCGAACAUAUGAAUGGUUCCGCAGGAAGCACAGCUUACCUCUCACAUCUGUCACUCGCCGCUCUCUCAAAAAUUUGAUCUUGAGUGAAUUAGGUGACAGUGUUGUUAUCAACAAGAGAACAAAACGCACCUGCGAGUCCCUGAGAUUUGCACGGAGAGCCAAAGAAAGCUCAAUCAAGAAGUCUAUCAGAGAAAUUGCUCUCUUGGAUGAUGCAUUGAAUACUACCAGCAUUCUGGACAGACUGAGGUCCAGGAAAUCUUGCAUCGAAGAAGCCCCGCAGUCUUGCGAUGGUGUGGUCAACAAGUUUCCGGAUGAAUUGCUACUGAAGAUAUUCCGUAAUUUGACUACAGAGGAGCUAGGCAGAAGUGUGGUUCCUGUUUGUUCAAGGUGGAGGAAUGUUGGUCGAGAUCCAAUCCUUUGGAAAGAUAUAAUCCUCAAACGAGAUGAGCCAGAGCGCAGGAAAAGCUUCGUGUCUCUCCUUCGCUCUUGCCGUGAACUACGCUCGCUCAAGAUACCCGAAAGCAGCAACGUCCAUCCUCCUGACAUCUCCGAGAUAAUUCAAGCGGUUUCAUCGCACUGCCCGCGCCUUGUUGAACUUAGGUGCCCACACCGACCUGCUGUGCCUCAAACAAUUCUUCAACAGCUUGCCAACAAUUGUCUUGACCUCGAGAUUGUUGAUUUUUCUCAAUUCAUCUCCACUGACUUGCUCAUCGAUCCAGACUUCCUGUUGCCGCUUGUAAAGCUCAAGAAGCUCAACCGUAUUCAAGUCGGCCAUUCUCGCUUCUUUUUUGGCGACAAUUUCUUACGCGAGCUCGCCAACAGUAGUCAGUCACGUACCAUCGAGCACAUUGAUGUCGCUGGGUUCCUCUUCAGUGACGACACUUACCGCUACUUCAUCAGGAGGGUCUCAAGUAAACUCAAAUCGCUCGCCAUCUCUCCCAGCAUUCUGACCAAGGGCUUCGGUUUCAUCGUUCAAUGUAUUGGCUUGCAUGAAUUGCACCUCAAAGUUGGCUAUCACGCCACUUCAUGUGAAAAUCAAUUGUCCACCCUGCGUAAUCUUAUCAACUUGAAAACUUUGCGCCUAGAAUUUGUUGAUUUGAGCCACAAUGCUGAACUUGUGCAACUCUUUCGGGAGCCCACAUUUGCCAAACUUGAGGUCUUUGAACUGAUAAGCUAUCAUGACAACGUGUCGGAUUACUUCUUGAACCUGUUGAGUUUCACGAUGCCAUACCUGAAGGAAUUGACUCUUCGAUCGUUGGUGCAAGUGACGGACGAGGGCUUGAGUCGCCUGAUGCAGCGCUGCCAAAACCUCACCAAACUCACCUUGAUUGACAUGGACGGCGUACGGGGCAGGGCUUUCGAGCAGCACGCGCGCGACCUGCCUAACCUGCGCACGCUCCGUAUCGUGCGAUGUCCUCGAAUUACAUCAAUGCUUGUCAACGAAUUCCGUGUGAGAAAAUUCACAAAAAAUAUCAACAUUAUCUGGGAAUCUUGCUGAAAGUUGUGUGUGAAGCACAUGGUGAUGAUCAAUAUUCAUUAUUGCCCUCAGAUAAGUUUGUGUGAACAUACUCCUGUACAUUCAUUGAUCGAUUAUAGGUGUUCAUUUGUAACGUUUAACAUUUUAAUAUAAUAUUUUAUUUCUCUUUUAUAUAUAGUGAUGUUAUUGGAUGGAUUCUGCAGCACUUCAUGUCAAGUGCCCUACAUAUAUUUGAUUUUUUCAGUUCACUUAGACAGAAUCUGCCUUAUAGUUAUCCUUGAAAACUUACUGACCUCAACAAUGUCAGUAGUGUCAAAGUGAUUUAUUCGGCUACAGAUUUUGCUGGAAAUUUGUACACAUAUGACAUUGCAGAGUUUCUGCCACUGAUCCUGGUACUACUUCAUACUAUUGGUUAAAAAGCUGGAAAUGUUUUCUCGAGUCUAUGAGAUGAGUCUGAUGACAUAGUUUUUGAUGUUUUUUAUGCUUGAUGCAAAUCCAUUCAUUUGCUAUCUUAAGUAACUAUCAAUUACUCGCGUAUUCCCGAUUGCCAGUGGCUCGACGCCAUCCCACUGCUGUGUAGAUAAGCGACCGCAAGUUAAGAGCACCCUCAGCGUUUGUAGGGAGAUACUUCAGAGGAAAUUAUCUGACGUUUUGACUCUUAAUUUAAUAUGUAGUACUCAUGGAACUUGAAAUCUCAUGAUUUUGGCUACCAAAAUUUUUGCCCUCGUUUUUUGUGUACAUUGUUUUCAGGUGUUUUGUUCAAGCAAGUGUUUUGAAUUAUUAUUAGUGUAAACACUAAUAAUAAUUUUGGCUACCAAAAUUGUUGCCCUCGUUUUUUGUGUGCCUUGUUUUCAGGUUUUGUUUUGUUCAAGCAAGUGUUUUGAAUUAUUAUUAGUGUAAACACUAAUAAUAAAUCUCUGAGUUGCGCUAUGUCAACGAGUACUCACACCGGAAUUUGAUAUUCAUUUUCAGGUGGAAAUAUGACUCGAUAUCGCGUCAAUUUUGUGGGGAAUGUGAGAUUUUCUAUAGAAAGUACUGGCACUGGCGACUGUAUCUUAGUAUUGCAACUCUCUAGAACUUGUGUAGUCCGAUAUGCUCCCCACUUAUCCUCCUUGAUGCAUAUAUCUUGGAAACUAUUUCACUUUUCCGAGAAUCUCGCAGUUUUCUUUCUUUGGCUCUAAACCUGAGAUUCGUGGAACGUUACAUCUAUGUUCUCGCAGCGAUAAUUAAGGCAUCGUUGACGUAUUCGUGUCAAGGGAUUAAAGCCCGUAAUUAGGUGGAUAAACCACACUUUUUCGUUAGCCUUCGGACUGUUUGUUCCGAACUUCCGAUGCCAUCUUGUGAGGUUGUAAGCUAUGUUAAUUUAAGUAAAAUAUAUAUUUUAAGGAUAUUAGUACUUGUGUGGCUUUUUGAGUUGCUCGUGCAUAUUUACUUGAGAAGUUAUUGGUCGCGAGUCAUCAUUAGUACAAUCGUCCAUCACAGCUUUCUACACGAAUUGAGUCACUAAUGGCAUAAUGAACGUAUUUAAAAUGUCUUGAUGGUUAAUGCCGCAGCAAGAGUUCCUUAUAUUUUUCCCUUCACUGAGAGAUUAAAUUGAAAACUAUUAACGUAAUUGUAGGCGCUACCAUCAUCACCGCCCACAUUCUGAUCAACGUUUUUUUUAUUUGCAUUGAAUAUAUUUGCGUAUUGCCUUGCCGUUAGGUUAUUGUCAAUAAACUCCUCUUGCACUUACCACCUUGUCUAGUGAAGAGCAUGACUACCCAAACUGCUGUUCUACUAAGCAAGUUAACGUCUUGAGAAUAAAAGCCAACAUGUAUG